AAUAAAAAAUAUUUGAUUGUAAAAUAGUCCAAAGCAUAGAAUGAGAGAGAUGAGCUCAGUACAAAAUAUAUCCCCUUUAUUAUUAACCGAUUGUUUCUUGCAGUACAGCUUGUUAACUUGGAUGACACUUCUAUGGUUUGUCAUGCAAAUAAAGUUUCUGAAUCUGACUACUAUCUGGGGAAUCGUCUCCCGCAACCCACCUUCCAACAUUUUACUCUAUUCCCUUCUAUUUUCUAUUCUAUACCUUGCUCAUCACCAUUGUAAUCAAGAGCCACUGAAUCAGUAUAGCUGACUUUUCAAAAGAAACCAUUGAGCAGAAACAAGUUUUGCCUCCUUAGCUAGGGUAGUUGUUGAUUAGUUUUUGCUUUCAUUCAAAUCCAGUUAUUUGGUCCAGUCCAGUUCUAUGGAAGAAUAUAUACCUCAGCACUUCACACAAGGAGUGGGGUGGGAUAAAAAUCAUUAUACACAUUAUAGACCAACAGGGUUUCACAGUAGUUGAGUUUCUGCACGCUCUGUGUCCAUGCUUAAUUCAGCAGCGGGCUGUCAGCUUAUCUUCCAUCUCCUUUCGGCUCACGUUUUUAGUGGGGAAAACUUAUUGUUUCCGAUCCUUUGAAGCAUCUUUCUUCUACAGCUAGGUAUUUAGAGCAGGGGCGAACAAAGCGCCUUUCGUUUUUAACCUCGCCUCUGUCUCGUUUCUGUCACACAGUCUUGAGUGCCUGUGUUUUCCAGCUGAAGCUGUCGCUUUAACAGCAGGGCGGAUCCUCUGCGGGAGGGGCGGCUCUGCCCAGGCGGUCAUGGUGGGCCUGCUGCUGGGACCUGACAAGCGCCGCAGCUUCCGAGGGGUCAGAACAUUGGCUGGAAUGGGGUCAGCAUAGAUGGAGUCCAAUCAAAGAGAAGGUGCCCCCCUCAGUCAGGAGAGAGCCACCGAGACAGAGAAGUUUUUUAAUAAACUCUAAUCUGGUCCAAAAGAAAAAUGGCCUUUGUUUCGACACAAGGGCCCACUGUGGUUGACCAAACCACUUUGAUGAAGAAAUACCUCCAGUUUGUGGCUGCUCUAACAGAUGUUAAUACACCCGAUGAAACAAAAUUGAAAAUGAUGCAAGAAGUCAGUGAGAAUUUUGAGAAUGUAACAUCAUCCCCUCAGUAUUCUACAUUCCUGGAACACAUCAUCCCUCGAUUUCUCACCUUUCUGCAGGAUGGAGAGGUGCAGUUUCUGCAGGAGAAACCAGCACAGCAAUUGCGAAAGCUAGUUCUUGAAAUAAUUCACAGAAUACCAACAAAUGAACAUCUUCGUCCCCAUACCAAAAAUGUCUUGUCUGUGAUGUUUAGAUUUCUAGAGACAGAGAAUGAAGAAAAUGUACUUAUUUGUUUGAGAAUAAUUAUUGAACUACACAAACAGUUCCGGCCACCAAUCACCCAAGAAAUUCAUCAUUUUUUGGACUUUGUGAAACAGAUUUACAAGGAACUUCCAAAAGUAGUGAAUCGAUACUUUGAGAAUCCUCAGGUGAUCCCAGAGAAUACUGUUCCUUCCCCAGAAAUGGUUGGUAUGAUUACAACAAUUGUGGUGAAAGUAAAUCCUGAACGGGAUGACAGUGAAACAAGAACACAUUCUAUAAUUCCCAGAGGGUCUCUCUCCUUGAAAGUGUUGGCUGAGCUUCCCAUUAUUGUUGUUCUAAUGUAUCAGCUCUACAAACUGAACAUUCAUAAUGUGGUGGCUGAAUUCGUGCCCUUGAUCAUGAACACGAUUAUAAUACAGGUAUCCUCGCAAGCCAGGCAACACAAACUUUAUAAUAAGGAGCUGUACGCUGACUUUAUUGCUGCCCAGAUUAAAACAUUAUCAUUUUUGGCCUACAUUAUAAGAAUAUACCAGGAUUUGGUGGCUAAGUAUUCUCAGCAAAUGGUAAAAGGAAUGUUGCAGUUACUGUCCAAUUGUCCAGCGGAAACUGCACAUCUCCGAAAGGAGCUUCUAAUAGCUGCUAAGCACAUUCUUACCACAGAUUUGAGGAGCCAAUUUAUUCCAUGCAUGGACAAGCUAUUUGACGAAUCUAUACUAAUUGGCUCUGGAUACACAGCUCGAGAGACACUGAGGCCACUUGCGUAUAGUACACUGGCAGAUCUGGUACAUCACGUCCGUCAGCAUUUACCACUCAAUGAUCUCUCCCUUGCUGUCCAGUUAUUUGCCAAAAACAUUGAUGAUGAGUCAUUACCUAGUAGUAUCCAGACUAUGUCUUGCAAGCUUCUUCUAAACUUGGUAGACUGUAUCCGUUCCAAAAGUGAACAAGAAAAUGGAAAUGGCAGAGAUAUUCUUAUGAGGAUGUUAGAGGUUUUUGUUUUGAAAUUUCAUACCAUAGCACGGUACCAGCUUUCUGUCAUUUUUAAAAAGUGUAAGCCACAGUCUGAACUUGGUGCAGCUGAAGCUGCUUUACCUGGAGUACCGACAGGAGCAAAUGCAGCUCCUGUUCCAUCCCUUGCCCCUGCCACUCCUGUGACCCCAGCACCAGCACCUGUGUUUGAAAAACAAGGGGAAAAAGAGAAAGAAGAUAAGCAGACGUUCCAGGUCACAGAUUGCCGAAGCUUGGUAAAAACUUUGGUCUGUGGUGUCAAGACAAUUACAUGGGGCAUAACAUCAUGCAAAGCACCUGGUGAAGCACAGUUCAUUCCUAACAAACAGUUGCAGCCAAAGGAGACCCAGAUCUAUAUAAAGUUGGUGAAAUAUGCAAUGCAAGCUUUGGAUAUUUAUCAGGUCCAAAUAGCAGGAAAUGGCCAGACAUAUAUUCGAGUUGCGAACUGUCAGACAGUCAGGAUGAAAGAGGAAAAGGAGGUCCUGGAGCAUUUUGCUGGUGUCUUCACAAUGAUGAAUCCUUUGACUUUUAAAGAAAUCUUUCAAACUACUGUUCCUUAUCUGGUGGAAAGAAUCUCAAAAAACUAUGCCCUUCAGAUUGUUGCUAAUUCCUUUUUGGCAAACCUGACCACCUCUGCCCUUUUUGCUACAAUUCUGGUGGAGUAUCUUCUAGAUCGGCUGCCAGAAAUGGGCUCGAACGUGGAGCUGUCCAAUCUGUAUCUCAAGCUGUUCAAACUAGUCUUUGGCUCUGUUUCACUAUUUGCAGCUGAAAAUGAGCAAAUGCUGAAGCCGCAUUUGCACAAGAUAGUGAACAGCUCUAUGGAACUUGCACAGACUGCCAAGGAGCCAUACAACUAUUUCCUUCUACUUAGAGCACUGUUCAGAUCUAUUGGAGGAGGCAGUCAUGAUCUCCUGUAUCAAGAGUUCUUGCCAUUGUUACCAAACUUAUUGCAAGGACUUAAUAUGUUGCAAAGUGGCCUGCACAAGCAGCAUAUGAAGGAUCUGUUUGUAGAACUUUGUCUCACUGUACCAGUUCGAUUGAGCUCCCUCCUUCCUUAUCUGCCAAUGUUGAUGGAUCCUUUGGUGUCAGCUCUAAAUGGAUCUCAGACCCUGGUUAGCCAAGGUUUGAGAACUCUUGAAUUGUGUGUGGAUAAUUUACAGCCAGACUUCCUGUAUGAUCAUAUUCAGCCAGUUAGAGCGGAGCUUAUGCAGGCUUUAUGGCGUACAUUACGCAAUCCUGCUGACAGCAUUUCUCAUGUGGCUUAUCGUGUCCUUGGUAAAUUUGGUGGAAGUAACAGGAAGAUGUUAAAGGAAUCCCAGAAACUACAAUACAUAGUUACGGAAAUUCAAGGACCCAGUAUUACAGUAGAGUUUUCAGACUGUAAAGCCUCUAUUCAGCUUCCAAUGGAAAAGGCAAUUGAGACUGCUCUGGACUGCUUGAAGAGUGCUAACACAGAGCCAUAUUAUCGGAGGCAGGCUUGGGAAGUGAUCAAGUGUUUCUUGGUAGCCAUGAUGAGCCUGGAUGAUAAUAAACAUGCUUUAUAUCAGCUCCUUGCACAUCCCAACUUUACUGAGAAGUCCAUACCCAGUGUAAUUAUUUCACAUCGGUACAAAGCACAGGAUACUCCUGCCCGUAAAACAUUUGAACAGGCAUUGACAGGUGCCUUCAUGUCAGCAGUCAUCAAAGAUCUGCGACCUAGUGCUCUGCCUUUUGUAGCCAGCCUAAUUCGCCAUUACACAAUGGUGGCAGUAGCUCAGCAAUGUGGCCCUUUUUUGCUGCAGUGCUAUCAGGUUGGAAGCCAGUCCAGCACAGCCAUGUUUCACAGUGAAGAAAAUGGAUCAAAAGGAAUGGAUCCUUUGGUACUUAUUGAUGCCAUAGCCAUCUGUAUGGCAUAUGAGGAGAAGGAGCUCUGCAAGAUAGGGGAAGUGGCUCUAGCUGUGAUAUUCGAUGUUGCAAGCAUUAUUCUGGGUUCGAAGGAAAGGGCUUGUCAGCUUCCUUUGUUUUCAUACAUUGUGGAGCGUUUAUGUGCUUGCUGUUAUGAACAAGCUUGGUAUGCUAAACUAGGAGGUGUGGUGUCCAUUAAAUUCCUCAUGGAACGACUGCCUUUAAUUUGGGUCCUCCAGAACCAGCAGACUUUCCUCAAGGCACUGCUAUUUGUCAUGAUGGACCUAACUGGAGAGGUUUCCAAUGGAGCCGUUGCUAUGGCAAAGACCACACUAGAACAGCUUUUGAUUAGAUGUGCCACUCCUUUAAAAGAUGAAGAAAAAACAGAAGAAAUCCUAGCAGCACAGGAAAAGUCUUUCCAUCAUGUGACACAUGACCUGGUUCGAGAAGUAACCUCUCCAAACUCCACUGUAAGAAAGCAAGCCAUGCAUUCAUUGCAAGUGCUUGCACAGGUCACUGGGAAAAGUGUUACUGUGAUUAUGGAGCCACAUAAAGAGGUUCUCCAAGACAUGGUUCCUCCAAAAAAGCACUUACUUAGGCAUCAGCCUGCAAAUGCCCAGAUUGGGCUCAUGGAGGGGAACACAUUUUGCACAACUCUGCAGCCCCGACUGUUUACAAUGGAUCUAAAUGUUGUGGAACACAAGGUUUUCUACACCGAGCUGUUGAAUUUGUGUGAGGCUGAAGAUGCUGCUUUAAUGAAAUUACCAUGUUACAAAAGUCUUCCAUCACUAGUACCUCUUCGAAUUGCAGCCUUAAAUGCUUUAGCUGCCUGUAAUUACUUACCUCAGUCUAGAGAGAAAAUCAUUGCUGCACUUUUCAAGGCACUUAACUCAACAAAUAAUGAACUGCAGGAGGCGGGAGAGGCAUGUAUGAGAAAGUUCUUGGAAGGAGCUACAAUAGAAGUAGAUCAAAUUCACACACACAUGAGACCAUUGCUCAUGAUGUUGGGAGAUUAUCGAAGCUUGACACUGAAUGUUGUGAACCGUCUGACUUCUGUCACUAGACUUUUUCCAAACUCCUUUAAUGACAAGUUCUGUGAUCAGAUGAUGCAACACCUGCGUAAAUGGAUGGAAGUGGUAGUAAUUACACACAAAGGAGGACAGAGGAGUGAUGGAAACGAGAGCAUUUCAGAGUGCGGGAGAUGUUCGUUGUCUCCAUUCUGUCAGUUUGAGCCUGCCGUGGAAGGGGUAGAGGAAAUGAAGAUUUGUUCAGCAAUCAUAAACCUAUUUCAUCUGAUCCCAGCUGCUCCUCAGACUCUGGUUAAACCUUUGCUGGAAGUUGUGAUGAAAACAGAACGGGCUAUGUUGAUAGAGGCGGGCAGUCCAUUCAGAGAACCACUGAUAAAGUUUCUGACACGUCAUCCAUCCCAGACUGUUGAGCUGUUCAUGAUGGAAGCAACUUUAAAUGAUCCACAGUGGAGCAGAAUGUUCAUGAGUUUUUUAAAACACAAAGAUGCGAAGCCUUUACGAGAUGUCCUGGCAGCUAAUCCAAAUCGAUUUAUCACUUUACUGUUACCUGGUGGCACCCAAGCUGCUGUUAGGCCCGGAUCACCAAGCACCAGCACAAUGCGUCUUGAUCUUCAGUUUCAGGCUAUCAAGAUCAUAAGUAUUAUAGUUAAGAAUGAUGAAUGUUGGUUGGCAAAUCAGCAUUCCUUAGUGAGUCAGUUAAGACGUGUGUGGGUAAGCGAAGCUUUUCAAGAAAGACAUCGUAAGGAGAAUAUGGCUGCAACAAACUGGAAAGAACCGAAACUACUGGCAUACUGCUUAUUGAAUUACUGCAAAAGGAAUUAUGGUGAUAUAGAAUUGCUCUUCCAGCUGCUUCGAGCUUUUACCGGCCGUUUUCUCUGCAAUAUGACUUUCUUAAAGGAGUACAUGGAAGAAGAAAUCCCAAAAAACUAUAGUAUUUCCCAAAAACGGGCUCUGUUCUUCCGGUUUGUAGACUUCAAUGACCCAAACUUUGGAGAUGAGCUGAAAGCCAAGGUUCUGCAGCAUAUCUUGAAUCCUGCAUUCUUGUAUAGUUUUGAAAAGGCAGAAGGAGAACAACUUCUGGGACCACCCAAUCCAGAAGGAGAUAAUCCAGAAAGUAUCACCAGUGUUUUUAUAACAAAGGUACUUGACCCAGAAAAGCAGGCAGAUAUGUUGGAUUCACUGAGAAUUUAUCUCUUGCAAUUUGCAACGCUUCUUGUGGAACAUGCCCCACAUCACAUUCAUGACAAUAACAAGAAUCGGAACAGCAAACUACGACGCCUGAUGACCUUUGCCUGGCCCUGUCUCUUGUCUAAGGCGUGUGUGGACCCAGCGUGCAAGUACAGUGGACAUUUGCUUUUAGCACACAUCAUUGCAAAAUUUGCCAUACAUAAGAAGAUAGUGUUGCAGGUUUUUCACAGUCUUCUAAAAGCUCAUGCAAUGGAGGCUCGAGCAAUUGUCAGGCAAGCAAUGGCUAUUCUAACUCCAGCUGUGCCUGCUCGAAUGGAGGAUGGACAUCAGAUGCUGACUCACUGGACACGAAAAAUCAUUGUAGAAGAGGGCCAUACAGUUCCACAACUGGUCCAUAUUUUGCAUUUAAUAGUACAGCAUUUCAAGGUUUAUUACCCCGUAAGACACCAUUUGGUGCAGCAUAUGGUUAGUGCCAUGCAGAGGUUGGGUUUCACUCCCAGUGUUACCAUUGAACAAAGAAAACUGGCUGUGGACCUUGCUGAAGUAGUCAUCAAAUGGGAAUUGCAGAGAAUUAAAGAUCAACAGCCAGAUUCAGAUAUGGAUCCAAGUGCAAGUGGAGAAGGAGCAAGUUCUGCCUCAUCUUCUGUUAAAAGAGGAUUGUCUGUUGAUUCUGGUCAAGAGGUGAAACGAUUCAGGACAGCUACUGGGGCAAUAAGUGCAGUAUUUGGACGUACUCAGUCGUUGCCAGGAGCUGAUGCACUUCUUUCUAAGCCAAUUGACAAGCAGCAUACAGAUACUGUGGUCAACUUCCUCAUUAGAAUUGCUUGCCAGGUAAAUGACAACUCAAACACUGCUGGAUCUCCUGGAGAAUUGCUGUCUCGACGCUGCGUUAACCUUUUGAAGACAGCUUUACGACCAGAUAUGUGGCCAAAAUCAGAACUCAAACUGCAGUGGUUUGAUAAACUGCUAAUGACUGUGGAACAGCCCAAUCAGGCCAACUUUGCCAACAUUUGCACUGGGUUAGAGGUCCUAAGUUUCCUAUUAACUGUACUGCAGUCUCCAGCUAUCCUUAGCAGCUUCAAACCUCUGCAACGAGGAGUAGCUGCUUGUAUGACAUGUGGAAACACCAAGGUUUUGAGGGCUGUCCACAGUCUACUCUCUCGCUUAAUGAGUAUAUUCCCUACAGAACCAAGUACUUCAAGUGUAGCGUCAAAAUAUGAAGAACUGGAAUGCCUAUAUGCUGCAGUCGGGAAGGUUAUUUAUGAAGGACUUACUAAUUAUGAAAAAGCCACUAAUGCUAAUCCUUCCCAACUCUUUGGUACUUUAAUGAUUCUGAAGUCUGCAUGCAGUAACAAUCCAAGCUACAUAGACAGACUGAUUUCAGUCUUCAUGCGAUCCCUACAGAAGAUGGUCAGGGAACAUUUGAAUCCACAGGCUGCAUCAGGAACAGCAGAAGCAACCACAGGUACAAGUGAACUGGUAAUGCUGAGCUUGGAUCUUGUGAAAACUCGUCUUGCAGUGAUGAGCAUGGAGAUGAGGAAAAAUUUUAUCCAAGCUAUUCUAACAUCUCUCAUUGAAAAAUCUACUGAUGCUAAAAUUCUUCGUGCAGUGGUAAAAAUAGUGGAAGAGUGGGUGAAAAACAAUUCUCCAAUGGCAGCCAAUCAGACACCUACUCUCCGGGAGAAGUCCAUUUUGCUAGUGAAAAUGAUGACCUACAUUGAAAAGCGUUUUCCAGAAGACCUUGAAUUAAAUGCCCAGUUCUUAGACCUUGUUAACUAUGUCUAUAGGGAUGAGAAUCUUUCUGGAAGCGAGCUCACUGCUAAACUUGAACCUGCAUUCCUUUCGGGGCUGCGUUGUGCUCAGCCGCUCAUCCGAGCCAAAUUUUUUGAGGUCUUUGACAAUUCCAUGAAGCGUCGUGUCUAUGAACGCCUACUUUAUGUAACUUGUUCUCAAAACUGGGAGGCUAUGGGAAACCACUUUUGGAUCAAGCAGUGCAUUGAGCUCCUGUUGGCAGUGUGUGAAAGAAAUACUACAAUUGGCACAAGCUGUCAGGGAGCCAUGCUUCCAUCUAUCACUAAUGUAAUCAACCUUGCAGACAGUCACGAUCGGGCAGCAUUUGCUAUGGUAACCCAUGUCAAACAAGAGCCUCGAGAAAGAGAAAACAGCGAAUCCAAAGAAGAGGAUGUGGAGAUUGACAUUGAAUUGGCUCCAGGAGAUCAGACGAGUACACCUAAAACCAAAGAACUUUCUGAGAAAGACAUAGGCAACCAGCUACACAUGUUGACCAACAGACAUGACAAGUUUCUUGACUCUCUUCGAGAAGUGAAGACUGGAGCGUUAUUAAGUGCCUUUGUUCAGUUGUGUCAUAUCUCUACACCGUUAGCAGAGAAAACUUGGAUCCAACUUUUCUCCCGAUUAUGGAAAAUCUUAUCUGAUAGACAGCAGCAUGCUCUUGCAGGUGAAAUAAGCCCUUUCUUAUGCAGUGGUAGCCACCAAGUGCAGCGAGACUGCCAGCCGAGUGCACUAAACUGUUUUGUGGAAGCAAUGUCACAGUGUGUUCCUCCCAUUCCCAUUAGGCCCUGUGUGCUUAAGUACUUGGGUAAAACUCACAACCUGUGGUUCCGUUCCACAUUGAUGCUGGAACAUCAAGCCUUUGAAAAAGGAUUGAGUCUUCAGAUUAAACCUAAACAGACAACCGAAUUUUAUGAGCAGGAAAGCAUAACCCCUCCUCAACAGGAAAUACUGGAUUCCCUAGCUGAGCUUUACUCUCUGUUACAAGAGGAGGAUAUGUGGGCUGGACUAUGGCAAAAGCGCUGUAAAUUUCCAGAGACAGCAACUGCUAUUGCUUAUGAACAACAUGGCUUUUUUGAACAGGCACAAGAAACAUACGAAAAAGCAAUGGAAAAAGCCAAAAAGGAACAUGAACGAAAUAAUGCCUCCCCUGCUAUCUUCCCUGAGUAUCAACUCUGGGAAGACCAUUGGAUUCGUUGCUCAAAAGAGUUGAACCAGUGGGAACCUUUGACAGAGUAUGGCCAGUCAAAGGGCCAUAUAAAUCCCUAUCUGGUACUCGAAUGUGCAUGGAGAGUCUCAAACUGGACUGCUAUGAAGGAGGCACUGGUGCAGGUGGAGCUGAGUUGUCCAAAAGAGAUGGCAUGGAAAGUCAACAUGUACAGAGGAUAUCUAGCAAUCUGCCAUCCUGAAGAACAGCAGCUUAACUUCAUUGAGCGCUUGGUAGAAAUGGCCAGCAGUUUAGCCAUUCGCGAAUGGCGAAGGCUUCCUCAUGUAGUGUCACAUGUUCACACUCCCCUUCUGCAGGCAGCACAGCAAAUUAUCGAACUUCAAGAGGCAGCACAAAUAAAUGCAGGGUUGCAACCAACUAAUCUAGGGAGGAAUAACAGCCUGCAUGAUAUGAAGACUGUCGUAAAGACUUGGAGGAACAGAUUACCUAUUGUGUCAGAUGACUUAUCCCAUUGGAGCAGCAUUUUCAUGUGGAGACAGCAUCAUUACCAGGCCAUUGUAACUGCCUAUGAAAAUAGUUCUCAGCAUGAUCCCAGUUCCAAUAAUGCUAUGCUGGGAGUUCAUGCUUCAGCUUCAGCAAUUAUCCAGUAUGGAAAGAUAGCUCGGAAACAAGGACUGGUCAAUGUAGCGCUGGACAUAUUGAGUCGUAUUCAUACUAUCCCUACUGUGCCUAUUGUGGAUUGUUUUCAGAAGAUUCGGCAGCAAGUCAAAUGCUACCUUCAGCUGGCAGGAGUCAUGGGUAAAAAUGAGUGUAUGCAGGGCCUUGAGGUUAUUGAAUCAACUAAUCUGAAAUAUUUCACCAAGGAGAUGACAGCUGAGUUCUAUGCACUGAAGGGAAUGUUCUUGGCUCAGAUUAACAAGUCUGAAGAAGCAAACAAAGCUUUUUCUGCAGCUGUGCAGAUGCACGAUGUGUUAGUGAAGGCUUGGGCAAUGUGGGGUGACUACUUGGAGAAUAUAUUUGUGAAAGAACGUCAGCUGCACCUAGGAGUAUCUGCCAUUACUUGCUACCUGCAUGCAUGUCGCCAUCAGAAUGAGAGCAAAUCAAGAAAAUACUUAGCAAAGGUUCUCUGGCUUCUGAGUUUUGAUGAUGAUAAGAACACACUAGCAGAUGCAGUAGACAAGUACUGUAUUGGCGUCCCACCUAUCCAAUGGCUGGCUUGGAUUCCACAGUUGUUAACAUGCUUGGUUGGCUCAGAGGGCAAGCUUCUUCUGAACCUCAUUAGUCAGGUGGGAAGAGUCUAUCCCCAGGCUGUCUACUUUCCUAUCAGGACCCUCUAUUUGACACUGAAGAUAGAACAACGAGAGCGUUACAAAAGUGAUUCUGGACAACAGCAACCAAGUUCGGUAGGAAAUCAAUCUCAUUCUGCAUCAGAUCCUGGGCCAAUAAGAGCCACUGCACCUAUGUGGCGCUGCAGCCGAAUUAUGCAUAUGCAGCGAGAACUGCAUCCAACGCUUUUGUCCUCUCUGGAAGGCAUUGUAGAUCAAAUGGUCUGGUUCAGAGAGAAUUGGCAUGAAGAGGUUCUUAGACAGCUGCAGCAAGGCCUGGCAAAGUGCUAUUCAGUUGCCUUUGAGAAAAGUGGAGCGGUUUCAGAUGCCAAAAUCACUCCCCAUACACUAAAUUUUGUCAAGAAGUUGGUCAGUACCUUUGGAGUGGGACUGGAGAAUGUGUCAAAUGUCUCCACUAUGUUUUCCAGUGCAGCUUCAGAGUCGUUGGCUAGAAGAGCACAGGCUACAGCUCAAGACCCUGUAUUUCAGAAAUUAAAAGGGCAGUUUACAACAGACUUUGACUUCAGUGUACCAGGCUCCAUGAAACUUCACAAUCUUAUUUCUAAACUGAAGAAGUGGAUCAAAAUCCUAGAGGCAAAAACUAAGCAGCUUCCAAAGUUCUUCCUCAUAGAGGAAAAGUGUCGUUUUCUAAGUAAUUUCUCAGCUCAAACAGCAGAAGUGGAGAUUCCUGGAGAGUUCCUUAUGCCAAAGCCAACACAUUAUUACAUCAAAAUUGCAAGAUUUAUGCCCAGAGUGGAGAUAGUACAGAAGCACAACACUGCAGCCAGAAGACUCUAUAUCCGAGGCCAUAAUGGAAAGAUUUACCCAUACCUAGUAAUGAAUGAUGCUUGCCUGACAGAGUCUCGCAGAGAAGAACGAGUAUUACAGCUCCUUCGCCUUUUGAACCCCUGCUUAGAGAAAAGAAAAGAAACCACAAAGAGGCAUUUAUUUUUCACAGUCCCCCGUGUUGUAGCAGUCUCUCCACAGAUGCGCCUGGUUGAAGACAAUCCCUCUUCUCUCUCCCUGGUGGAGAUCUAUAAGCAACGGUGUGCCAAGAAAGGCAUUGAGCAUGACAACCCUAUUUCUCGUUACUAUGACAGAUUGGCAACAGUCCAAGCACGAGGGACCCAAGCCAGCCAUCAGGUUCUUCGAGAUAUACUUAAAGAAGUACAGAGUAACAUGGUGCCACGCAGUAUGCUUAAGGAAUGGGCUUUACAUACAUUCCCAAAUGCCACAGAUUACUGGACGUUUCGAAAGAUGUUCACAAUUCAGUUGGCAUUAAUUGGCUUUGCAGAAUUUGUCUUUCAUUUAAAUAGACUCAACCCUGAGAUGUUACAGAUUGCCCAGGAUACUGGCAAGCUCAAUGUGGCAUACUUCCGAUUUGAUAUUAAUGAUGCUACUGGUGAUUUGGAUGCCAAUCGUCCUGUCCCAUUCCGUCUUACACCAAACAUUUCUGAAUUCCUUACAACUAUUGGCGUGUCUGGUCCAUUGACUGCAUCAAUGAUUGCAGUAGCUCGCUGUUUUGCACAACCAAACUUUAAGGUUGAUGGCAUCCUGAAAACUGUGCUACGGGAUGAAAUAAUUGCUUGGCACAAGAAAACACAAGAGGAUACUUCCUCUCCACUCUCAGCAGCCGGGCAACCUGAAAACAUGGACAGUCAGCAGCUGGUUUCACUAGUUCAAAAAGCUGUUACUGCUAUCAUGACUCGACUACAUAAUCUUGCUCAGUUUGAAGGAGGAGAAAGCAAAGUCAACACUCUAGUAGCAGCUGCAAAUAGCUUGGAUAAUCUCUGUCGUAUGGAUCCCGCCUGGCACCCUUGGCUGUAACUUGAAAUUUAGAUUUCUUUUUUGCUGCUCUUGUGUUGUGAGCCAUGUAUUAUGGUAAGAAGAAAAUGUGAAGAAUUCAUUUCAAACCUGUCACUGCCUUUUUCGUCAGUCUUCAUUUUAAUCAUGUUUACAGAAGUACUACAGUUUUACUGUUUUAAGUUAAUUUCAUGACAGCGGUAUUUCAUGUACAAAGAAAUGUGCUGAUUUAUUAUUCAAAGACAACUUCCACAAAUAGCUUAAAAUGAGGGGGCAAGACUUAAAAUGUGUACAGAAGAAUUUGAUAACAAGUGCUGUAAUACUGGCACUGUUAGAUUUUUAGGAAUGGCAUAUCCUAAAUCUACAGCAUGUGAACUUUUUAUACACUUUAAGAAACCAGUAUUCCCAGAUCUUCAAUUUUACUUGGUGAAAUUUUACUGAAUUUUCCUUCAUUAUACUACUAUGAAGGAACACGUGGACUAUUUAAAUACUAUCAGUUUUAAUCCUUUCAGAAAUUUACAUGAACUAAGUUGGUUUGUACAGAGAUUUUUGUAACAAAAAUGUAUAGCAAUGACUUUUUUUGGUUAGGCACUCAGAAAAAUGAUGAAACAUUUGCUGGCUUUUCUUGGAGCCCAAGUUAUGUACAGUGAAAGUGCAAGCAAUUUUGGAUAUUUAGUUAAAUGUUUGACAAUGUAUAAAAGGGAGUUUAUAAAGAGGAGGGGAAAGUCAUCCAUUGAUACAUGUAUGUGAUGUAAAUGGUAUAAAGAAAAGCAAAAGGAGCUAUAAAAUGAACCAGUCUGAUACUUUUGAUUAGACUUCUAUAGUUACAGUAGCUUCCUCAGAAAGAACCUGUUUCAAUUUCUUUGUAAUUUCAAAAACAUCAGUUUAAUGUUUUAUUUGAGUCUUUCUGUUCUGUUAGCAUUUUUAUAAACCUGCAGUGUUGAGAAUGUUAUGCUUAAAUUUGUACAGGGUGAUUUUUCAAAAUAAAUAUUUUGUAAAAUGUUCUAUG